AUGUGUCGAUCAAUAUUUCAAUUGGUAUUCUACGGCACAUCCAUUGCGAUCAACAAAUACCCACUUUUUGGCGAAUCGGGACAUCGUUUGCAUUUGGCAUUGCGGGCCAUAUCAGGAACGAUAGCGCUUUCAUCGGUAUUCAUGGCCUACCGUUUAAUGCCGUUUUCAGACGCGUCCACAAUUCACUUCUCGUCGCCAGUGUUUGUCACAGUAUUUGCAUAUUUUAUGCUUAAAGAGCCCUUUACUGUCAUUCAAAUCAUUUCCGGAGUCCUAACUCUAAUCGGAGUAACGAUUAUAUCGAAACCGGAAUUCCUGUUUGAAUCGGAGUCGACAGUCAUUCACGAGCAUCGACUGGAGGGCACACUUUUGGCCGCUUUGGCCGCCAUUAGCGCCGCGUUUGCGAUCAUAAACUUACGAAAAUUGAAGACAACUGCGGCCGCAGUCGUCGUGUUUUGGUUCGCAUUCGCUGUCAUUAUUUUCGGAUCAAUAGUUCUCUUAAUACUCGAUAAAUAUGUAUUACCGACCGGUGUUUGGACGUGGAGUCUAUUGGUUGCCAUCGGUUUGCUCGGUAUUGGCGACCAGUAUUUCUUGACGAUAGCCCUCCAGAAUGAAAGCGCUGGACCCGUCUCUGUGGUCCGAACCUUCAAUAUUGUGCUCUCCUUUCUUUGGGAGGCAUUGCUAUUAUCGGAUGCAAUUGAGUGGACAUCAGUGGUCGGAGCGACUAUCAUAUCGUCCUGUGUUGUAAUACUAGCACGAGUCCGCAAUCGUUGCGCUCCUCAACAGACAGUUUAG